AUGAAUCAUAAAAUCCUUAGAUAUGCGGGUGACAUAGCCGUUCUUGGUAGUAACCAAGAGAACAUUGAGAAACUCGCACAGACUGUCAGGGGAGACGUUGAAAAAAGAUCAAUAACGGCCGUAAGAUCCGGCCAACAACCCGAAAAAAGAUACAUCGCAGCUCUAGCAAAAAAUGGAGACUAUCCAAGGCUAGCUUGGAAUAAAAAAUACCAUUCCUUAGAAGAUAUACCGUUUGGACAAGAUCCUAUAGAAGAUUCCAAAAGAUAUCUUGGGGCCCUUGCACGAACAGGCGACCUUAGAGUUGCAAGGGAACGCGAGGAUAAAAGAGACGACGUAGAUAGUCUGAUAAGAGACAUAGCAUCGGCUGACGACCUCAGAAGACUUCGCCUUGAAGCAUUGAGAGAAGAGUUGAUGAAGGAAAGAGAUGAUGAACCGGAGCAGGAUGAUGAUACCGAUAAUGACAAACGAUCUUUGGCUUCCAUUGCCAGGGGCGGUGGCAUACCUGGGAAAAGGAGCGUAGAAGCCUUGGCGAGAAUCGGUCUCCUAAAACCGAUUACAACCACACACGACUUCACAGACGAUUUAAAUGACUAUGAAAAGAAAAUAUCCUCUGACGAAUUCGAAGAUGAAAAACGUGGAGGGAUUUCGUCUCUGGCCAGAAAUGGUUACUACAAUAACAAAAGGACAGUUGAUGAGGAAUUGGAAGAGCUAAUGAACGAAGUAUACGGUAUUGGAGAGAAGAGAAAUGUCGCAUCUCUAGCUCGAGGUUUUAAUCUACCCCAAAACGGAAAGAGAAGUGAAGAAAUCGAAGACAAAAGGAAUCUACAAUCGAUCAUGAGGGACCGCGGUGGUAAAAGGGAUGGAUAUACAAACAAUGCUAUUCCGUUCGUCAACAAUGAGAAGAGAAACGUUGGUGCACUCGCUAAGAACAGAGACUUUCCGUACGCAUACCGCUUUGGAAAAAGAGAGGUAUCAGAAGCCGAUACUGAUGAAAUGUCCAAACGAUACGUCGCAACGUUGCUUCGAGAUGGCCGCCUGCCCAUUGGGCCAGAUGCAACUCCAGAACAUGAAACAAGUAACCUAAAAGACGAUAACUCUGCAACUGAAGGUAAAGAGUCAACUUCUCAAAUCACUGAGGAUAAAAACCAAUCUGUGAGGCGAAAAAAAGACAUCUCCGAAGUUGAAAAGGAAGAAAACCACACACGCAGUAAAAGGGAAACGUUCAUCGCUCCUAUUGCCGGAGAAGUAGCAGUGCCGCCGUCCGGGGACUUGCACUUUGGAGGUAUGCUAACCGACAACAGAUGGGCCGACGAAUCUUCGCCGCUGAACAAACGGUUCUUUGGUGUGGAUCCUUGGACCAGCCCGGAGAAGAGGCACAUCGGCGCUCUGGCACGAGGAGGCUGGCUCCCCAGGGCCUACCUUCGAUCAGGACGCCAGCCCAGGUCCGUCUGCAUGAGGUCUGAACAACCCCCUCAUCCAGCAUUCUACAUCCCACCAACAUCCCCUACUUUCAAACUCAAUUCCUCCUCACUACCCUAA